AUGGAUAUAAAGGAAAGUUUAAAUAAGAAUUCUCAAAAAAAGGUUUUACACAAGAAAAAUAUUAAUGAUUUAUAUAAUGAAAAAAAAAAAGCUAGUGAAAAUGAAAAUGAAGAUAAUAAAGAAAGAAAAACAAUAACUAAUAAGAGUAUUAUAUUUUUUCAAAUAUUUAUAUUUAUUAUAUAUUUUCUUGUAUUACUCAUUGGAUCUUUUAAUUUUUCUUUUAAACUUUUUCAAGUAAGAGAAAAACAUUUGUAUGAAUUUCUUAAUAACAGAGAAGAGUUAUUUUGUAAAAGUUAUUUAAAAGAAAAGGAUAAUAAUAAAAAAAUACUUUAUAAGAAUACGAAUAAUUUAAUUGAUAAUAAUGAUACCUUUCCUUAUGUAAAUUUUAAAUAUUAUUUUACAAGAGCUAAAUAUAAUAUAAAAGAAGAAAAUAAAAUAAACAAAAAUAAGAGGCAAAUAAAAAUAUUUAUUUGUUUAAAUAAAAAAAAAAAUUUUGAUUAUAGUGAUUUUUACAAUAUUUUUUCAAGUUUCAAAAAAUAUGUGACGAAAUUUUUAAGUUUUUCUUAUAACGAAAUAAAAAAUGCCUUUUUUAGAAAAAAUAAUAAUAAUUAUAUAAACAAAGUAAUGAAGUACUAUGCGAAAAAUGAUCUUAUAGGUAAUAAAUAUUUACAUUAUAAUUUUUUAUUAAACAGUAAUGAUUCUUAUAAAAAUUAUUAUGUAAAUAUUGAAACAUUAUUUUACUUAUAUUUGUAUGACAUUUGCUAUUUACAUGAUUUUAAUUAUGUUAAGAAUCAAACAUAUAAUUUAUCAAAAUCAUAUAUGGUUUUUGAUAAGAUGAAUGAGAAAUUACAUAUUGAGAAUAAAAAGGAUAUUACACUUUUAAUAAAUCAUGUAGAUAAAUAUUUAAAUGACGAGAUACUGGUUAAUUUAUUAGAUAAAUUAUAUUUAGAUAUAUGUAAAAGGGAAAAUUUAAUAAAUUAUUUAAAAAAUAAAAAUGAUAAAAAAGAAGAAACAGAUAGACAUAAUGGAAGUAAUUUAAAAAGUGAUAUCAAAAAUAGUAAACUCGCAUAUAAUUAUAAUAAUGAAAAUACAUUAAAAGAUACCAAUUACAACGAAUAUUAUAUAUUAUAUAAUAAGAUUGAAAGUAUGAGAAAUAUAAAUAAAUAUAAUACUUUUAUAAGUAGAUUAAGAAAAAAAAUAAAAACAAUAAAUUCUUUAAAAUCAUUAAAUAUGUGUUUAAAAGAAUAUAUAAUAAAUUUAAAAAAAGUUCCACUAUAUUUUUUUUUGAACAUCUUUUAUGAUACUCCGUGUUAUGUUUAUAAUAAACCAAUAAGCAAUUUAUUAAGGAAUUAUUACAAAGGAAUAUUCCUUUAUUUUGUAAUAUUUAUAGGUUGUAUACAUGUUGUUUUUUCUCCAUUUCCCAUAACUCUUGUUCAUUUUCGUAGAUUUUUCAUUUAUUUUUUGAUUAUUAUGUAUCGCUUAUUUAUUUUAUAUUUUAUUCCUUCUAUAAUUCAAUAUAUAAUUUAUAAAUUUCAUUAUUUUAAAGAAGAAUAUAUUCACAUAUUUGAUUAUUCCGAUCAUGUUAUUUUAUUCUCUACUUUGUUAUUUAUUAUAUCUUUAGAAUCAAAAGCCAUUCAAUAUACUAUUAAUCAUCAAAAACAAAGUUUUGAUUAUUUUCAUUAUAAAUAUAACAGAAAAUUAUGUUUCUUUUUUUUAAAAUUGAUUUUGUAUUAUUAUUAUAUUCUUAUAUUUUUCUUUUUAUAUACAAGUUAUUUUACUUCUAAAUAUUUUCAUACAACUAAUGAAAUUUUUGUUGCAUAUUUUUUUUCCACAUUUUCAAUUUUUUUUUUCUUUUAUUUUUUUUUAUAUAAAAAUUAUUUCAGUUUUUAUACUAUUGGAAUAACAUCUUAUAUAAAAAAUAAUUCAAUUACUACAAUGAAUGUUUUACAUUCUGCACCUUAUUUAGCAAAUGCAUAUAAUUCUUUAAAAGACAAAUUUGCUUUUGAUUAA